AUGAUCACUUUAAUGCUACCGUUUUUAGGGUCGCUGGAAAGCUUCAUUGCCUCAUCGGCCUUCUCCAAUGGGAAACGGUGUGUGACAAAUGGCUUCACAUCAAUGAUUCCCUCGCUGAUAAGCUUGAUAACAGGAGGCCACGAUUGGUGGUAUCUGUUUAUGAAUUUGACGUCAAUUUCAGCCAAGGAGAGCUUCAUGAAUGGGAAAUUGUUAAAUGUAGGUCUUCCAACACCAAUAACCGUGAUGGAGCCGCCUCUUCUAGCAACGUCAAUCUGGUAUGUCUUGACUCUUGGGAUCAGCUUCUUUGCAAACUCCAAUCUUUCUGCCGAAAGGUCGGAAAUGACUAGUGGUGAAGCACCGCUGGCAUUGGCCAUCACCAAAGUUGCCAAUCCGAUUGGGCCGGCACCACAGAUCAUUGCUCCUCUUCCGAGCUCUAACUCGGCUCUUUCAACUCCGUGGUAG